CUUGCUUCUUCCUUAGAGGGUACAAGGGCGACAGUCGGUCCAAAGGACAUCUCUUCCAGAUAUACAUCUCUAAUUUAUCAGUUAUUUGUUUUCGUGGGAGUUGGAAAACUCCCAAUCAUUCGAUUUAAGCUCGAAGAAAGGUAAACAAAAGUACUCACAUUGCUGAGUUUCCUCCUUUGUUGCGAUGAAGCAGCUCUCGUGGGUAGAAAAACCCAGAGUUAUACGAAAGGUAGGUCUUUCAGCUAUCGUUGGAGGGAAAGCUGGAAAAACUUAUUCUGCAUGCUGUUUAAUUGACUGCGAAAUGAUGGCAAACAUGUAACAAGUCAUCGGAUUAGCCAGAAAUAGCACAACCACAAGCUAAUGUUUUGGAACGAUCAAUCUGAAAAUGUGCGCCUGUUUGGGAAACUAAGGAACAUGCCAUCCGACGAAAGAGCUGAAAUGAUGUCUUAAUGUUCAAGUAGAGUUAGGUCACAAUCGCAGGAACAAUCAGAAUCAGCCGGUGAAACUCGUUUAAAGGCAUGGAUAGGGCAACUUCACCAGUAUUUAUUUGUUUCAGUAUCAAUCUAACUGAUACUCACUGUCCCUUUGAAAAUUUCUCAAGGUAUAAGAGUAGCACUUGUAUGUGUCACGGAAUCUCAACCUCUACUAUACCGCUGAGCUAUAUUCAUAGAAAUAUAAACCACACCCAUGCAGAUUUUAAGAAUCGUUUAACAGUAGCUAUAAUUUUAGCGUUCGUUGGGGCAGCCAGCUUUCGGUUUCAUUCCCUCCCAUGUCGUGCUAGACUAUAAAAAAAAGUGAAAGAAAUAUAAUUGUGCUGGUGAUAAAAUUUUGGACGAAGUAGGUAUCUCCCAUUCAGAGAGGGUCUCUUAGUGGGGAACCAAUUUAGGGAUCUAAGAUAUGAACAAGAUUAAUGCUCUCCACCUGAGAGGAUAAUGAGCGAGAUAUAUUAUGACGCCGGGCCAUGUAAGGAUUCAGUCUCAAUUCGGAUAAGUAUCGUCCUUGUUUAUACCGCACCUCCAUUUAUCAGACAUGUCGAGCAAAUGAGACCAAAACGUUAAGACAAGGAACAACAUGAUUCCAGCAAACCAGUCAUGCUGAUUGCUGUAUUCCUUAAUUUUCGUGCAGCAUUAGAAGGAACAUAAUGGCAUAGAGGCCAAAAUAUAAUAGAUCACCAAAAAGGGACUUGAUGAAGAUAACGAAAUAGUCGAGAAAAUUGAGAGUGACAGCUAACAAUCGAACUGAAAUUGUGAGGCAUAAGAGAAAAUUUUCCUCAUGGGAAUUCUCCUUGAGCUGAACCGCGGACAGCCAACUCUGGGUUGGAAUGCACACCUAAAUGGAUAUUGACAGAAAUAUGUUCAACUAUUAUUUACAGUUGACGACAGCAUCAAGCAUGCACUUGAAAUCACCAAUUGCCCUUGAAAUUAUUCGCACAUAUCUACAAAUUUCUCUAGUGGUUAAAAUGAGCAUACUCUUGUACUGAAGGGCUGUAUAACACACUUAAACCAAACACAAGCACACAAAGUGCACACUAUUUUACUGCAGGCACAAGAAAAUGCGCUGCCAUUUCCAAUCUUAAGCGGAACCAGAAACGGAGCAAGGACCUUUUUAAAUUGCAAAAUCUAAUAGCCUCAUACAUUUUAAACAAUAACUGAACAGGGAAUAAGUUUGGCUGUUAUCAAUUGGAAACAACUAUGUCCAAAGGACACAGUGGAUUUAAACAACGGUAUCUUGAUGGAAACAAAGUAGUCGUGCAACUGAAUGUAGAUCCUUUCCAUCGAAAAGAGAGUUGGCCUUCUUUUACAAAGCGAUCAAUCAAAGAGCAAAUUAGUAUGGCGUUAUGUUGCGUCGUGGACCAAAUUUGUAACGAAAUAUGAUUUGCAAAACCUGACUUGUGAUAAGCUUUUGGACCCUCUUAAAGCUAGCGGUUCGUUAACAGUUCACUUGCACUGUUUUUGCAUUUCGUCGAUUCAAACCCCUUUUCAAAUUGGCAUCAUCGCUUGGAGAGAAGCCUAUUUACCAUUGUAUCAGUCCAAGAAUUAUCAAUAGAGAUAUUAACAGAGAAGUUGUAGCGAGUAAAAUGAUACAAAAGAUAACUUCAUGAUCAUUCUUCGAUCAAAGUACAAACUCAGCGUGCGCUUAUAAAGCGUGAUAUGCUCAUGGACAAAAUGUGACGAUAGCUCUCGACCAAUCAGCGCCCGAGAAAUUCUACGGAUAUUGCAAAAAUUCGGCUCAGAGGGAUAAAAAUAAACUUACGUUUCUACUGUUUACGAAGGUUGGUUAUCGUUGAUAAACAUACUUUGAAAGUCAUCUUUCAUUCCAAAAACAGAACCUAAGAUUUCAAAGUUCCAUUUAAUUAUAAAUCCGUAAUCGACUGGUACCUCAAUUAACACCAUUUUGGAUGUUUCUACUCGUUUGCUUUGAGAUCUGAAAACCUUCUUUUAGUAUAAAAGAAAACCCUCUAGGAAGGAUUGAAAGGUCUGUAUGUUGCGUGAACAAGUCGUUGACAGCUAAGAACUAAAAAUAUAAUGACGAAAAUGAUACAGUGCGUAAAAUAAAACAGUUUCAAGAAAUGUGAAAGUCGGUUUCUCUUGUGUCAGAGACUCGAUAAAUUUGCCAUUCUAGAUUUUUAAAGAGAUGCUCCCUGGAGAUAUGUGAAUCAGGGUUUUCGUUUAUUCUAACUAAGGAAGCGUUAUUAAUUUAUAUAUCUGUCUUUGCAUAUCCCUCGCUUUGCUAAAAGUUCCUGUUUAACCUACUAAGGAAGCAAAGCUGACUUUGUUCCAUAGCUAUGCAGAAAGAGCACUAUUUUGCCACUCUCUUAAUGGCGCGCAUAAAUUCCAAGUUUUACCAAGCUAAGCAAAAGAGCUGUAUCUUAGUAUGUGUCACUUUUGUUAGAUCAUCAGUAAUAAUCCAAGACAAAGCUAUCCUUCGUCGGUUAUUUUCAAUCAGCUGCGUUGGAUUUUUGUUUGUUUUUACUUUUUCAUUUUCCAUUUAUCUGAGCGAGUCAUUGUUGUCCCCGAGCCCUUAAACUCGUGAUCUUUUCCUCUUACAGGUUUAUUUCGUGCUCUUCUUCAUAGCUGUAAAUGGAAACCCGAGGACGAAGAAAUGCCUUAUUCAAUCUUAUUACCGGGCAAAGAAUGGCAGUGGACUUAAAGGGACCGGAAAUCUUCUAAGAGUUGGUUUCCCAUUUGGCUCUAACUCAAACCGGCCUAGUCAAGUGUCUUUUACUGGCUCCUGUAGUGAUUCUCCAGCCGAAAUCGGUCAGUGCACUAAGAAAAAUCAUCAGACACGUUGAUGAGAGAAGAUUCUUAAAUUUUGAAUUCGUUGAAUGAUGCAUACAUAUUACCCUGUUUUAGUAAACUUCAGAUUCACGAAGAAACUUUUUAAAUACAUGUUUCGACAUGACUCAUGCCAUCAUCAAUUUCAUAUCAUGCGUUGAACCGUUGACUUUGUUUCUACACGUUACAAGUUGAAUCGAAUAUAAUAUUUGAAACUAGUACCGUCACACGUUACAUGUGGUAAACAAUAGCGCGCAAACAUAACACUUGGAAAGUAAAUCUGUGCGAACAAACAUUCUGUUCUUACUGUAAUUCAGUAGCCAAUAAUUUUGACGUAAACUUACGCAUAAAAGAAGUCCAUGUAUCCAGACAAUUGGAACACGGCCACGAAGCCGAACUUUUAAACACCAGAGAAAACAAGGUUCAGAAUAUCUUCUGAAAGAGAUUUUAUCUAAAAAAAAAACCUGAAAGAAGCUUGUUUUGAAAAUGAUCUUCCAAAUCUUGAUCAUUCAAAACCAUCUUAUCUAAAACCGGAUGAUGAUGGUUGCUUUUGUCAUCCAACAAAUGACCUUGUAAAUACUGAAGUAACUUUAUUACUUUGAGCGGUGGAAAUUUCCCACUCACAUCUCGCUUAGACUUGACAUUGUCUCAGUUUUUCAUGAUCUCAUUGUUCCUUACAGAAUUUCAGCUGAUACUCGCGAACAGAAAUGGAACUCUAGUCAUCACCUUACGUUUGAAUGCAAACACUGAUUAUGUGUUGGCAGUAAGAAAUCAGGCGUUGGUAAUUGAGGUAAAAAGUUUACUUUGUAGCACGCAUGCAGAUGUCAUAAAGGCCAUUUUGGUUAUAAUAAUAACAAAUGCUUUACUAAAACUGAAAAAACCGUUCAGCGAAUUCAUCAUAGAAAACGCUAGUAUAAACCGGUGAUCAGUGCAUAAAAAUACUAUUAAAAAUACAAUUCGCCAUCGAUACAAGUUAAGAUUAAAUUAAAAAUUUACAAAAAAUAUUUACCGUGACAAAAAACUUAUAAACUACAUUUUUGUUGUGCCUUAUCUGAUUCUAUUAAAAGUUUAAAAGUUUUAAUUUUAAAAAUUCUUAGCGUUUCACAAGCACGCAGUUCUUUGGGAGGUCACUCCACUCCUUUGCAGCGGCCUACUCGAAUGUUGACUGGCUCAUAGCUGUUUUGUAUCUUGCGUUAUCACGGCAUAUCAUCUACAAAUAUGUGGCCUUGGUACAAACUGCUCCUUGCAAUAAAUAAGCACUGAUGACCUUGUGAGUCAACUUCCAUCUGGAGUUUAGGUUAGAAAAAAAAUUUCUAACUAAAAGCAAAAACGAUGGGUAGUCUCAAGACUUCGAUGCCAAAAGAUGAUGCAUAUUAAAAAAAUUCUCAUUGAAAAACUUUAAAACUUUUCCAUAACACUCUCAGAUUAGACAAGUAUGUCAAUUCUGCCACCAUUUGUAGGGUAAUUCUAGGAUAUGAGGUAAACAAAUUAGAAAAAAAAUAUUCUGAUAAAAUUCCGGAUUCCCAGUAACACCCAACAAACUGAUCAGUUGGGAAAACAUAGCUCUCACACCUUAAAGAGUGAAACCAGUACGUAGAUUCAUUUUUGUUUUCUUUUCUGUUCACAGCACCUUAACAAAACUGGCCAUGACCACGAAUUCGUUUACAGCUGUGUCUCAAAAGAGGAUUGUGAGAUUUUUACUCUAAAGAGCUUCAAGUCUCCUUCUUAUGUCAAGACCGAUGAGAAGGGAAACCCAUUAGUUGGUAGUAAUCCUUUGGACGUCACAGCAUGGUUCCAGAUGCUAGAUAAUAAUAUUUGUACCCCAAGGCUGAAGGCCACAUAGCGGCAC